GCGGGGCGGGCCCCCGCCGAGCCCGGGGCCAGCUCACCGCCUCCGGGCUGCCGUGGGCCCCGCUGAGGUGGUGCCUUCCCGGCAGCCCCCGGCUCCCUCUCCCCGCCGAGGCCUCCUCAUCUCUUCUGUCUUUUCUGCAGAGUUUUUUCCAGGACACGAUUAUGAGUGAUCAAAUCCAGUUCAUUGUUGAGAAGCUCAAUCAGGAGCCCUUCAGGAAGAACUACAAUUUAAUCACGUUUGACUCCUUAGAGUCAAUGCAGCUGUUGCAGCUGCUCAAUGAUGUUCUGGGGGAGAUUGACCCAAAGCAUGCUGUUGACAUUAGAGAGGAGCUGCCGGAACAAACAGCUAAAAGAAUGUUGAGUCUUCUCGGUAUCCUAAAAUACAAACCUCCAGGAAGUGUAUCAGACUUGAGUGCAUUUCGCCAAGGGUUAGUUACUGGAAGCAAACCUGUAAUUCAUCCUGUCUUACAUUGGCUUCUUCAGAGGACCAAUGAACUCAAGAAAAGAGCUUACCUGGCACGUUUCUUAGUAAAAUUGGAAGUGCCAGCGGAGUUCCUACAGGACGAUACUGUGGCUGACAUCAACAAACAGUAUGAAGAACUGAUGGAAGCGUUUAAAAACCUGCAUAAGGAGUGUGAGCAGCUCAAAACAUCUGGUUUAUCUACUGCUGAAAUAAGAAGGGACAUCAGUGCAAUGGAAGAGGAGAAAGAUCAACUCAUCAAAAGAGUAGAGCGUCUUAAGAAGAGGGUGGAGACAGUACAAAAUCAUCAACGAAUGCUUGAAAUAGCAAGACAGCUUCGCUUAGAAAAAGAGAGAGAAGAAUCUUUGGCUCAACAGAAACAAGAACAAAAAAAUCAGUUGUUCCAUGCAGAGCAGAGACUGCAAAGAGCACAGCUCCAGCUGAAAGAGAUGCAUCACGCAGUAGUGGAUUCGAAACCUGAAAGUUUAAUGAAGAAACUAGAAGAGGAGAUAAAUUUCAGUUCGUAUCUUGUUACUGAAAAAAUACCUAGAGAGCUUGAAAGUAAGAAGAAUUCAGCAUAUUUCUUACAAAAGGUGCUUGCAGAGCCAGCUAUGAGUCAAUCUGAUCUCAAUGUACUUGAAAUCAAGAUAAAUGAAGUAAACGCACAAAUGAAUCAGCUUAUUGAGAAAAGAAUGAUGAAGUAUGAGCCAAUUGACAGUAAAUUUUCCAUGUAUCGCCAACAGGCGUCUAUAAUUGCCCGGAAAAAGGAAGCCAAGGCAGAAGAACUUCAGGCUGCUAAGGAGGAGAUGUCCAGCACUGAGAGGCAGAUGCUGCUGAAGACCAACCAGGCCCAUGAGUUAGAAGGCUCUGAAGUUCUGAAAGGGGAUGAGUUUAAACACUAUGUUAAUAAGCUCCGGAGCAAAAACACAUUUUAUAAAAAGAAGCGACUGGAAAUAGCAGAAAUUACAGCUGAGUAUGGUAUCCUCCAGAGGACAGAAGAACUUCUAAAACAGCGCCACGAGGCUCUUCAGCAGCAGUUGCAAGCUGUUGAAGACAAGAAAGGUAUUUCUGGAUACAGUUACACCCAGGAGGAGCUGGAAAGAGUAUCUGCAGUAAAGAGUGAAAUGGAUGAAAUGAAAGGCCGGACACUAGAUAACAUGUCUGAAAUGGUAAAAAAACUGAAUGCUAUGGUGGCAGAGAAGAAGGCAAGCCUAGCUCCUGUUAUCAAAGAACUGAGACAGUUGCGUCAAAAGUGCCAAGAAUUAACGCAAGAAUGCGAUGAAAAAAAAAUCCAAUACGACAGUUGUGCAGCGGGGUUAGAGAGCAAUCGCUCUACGCUGGAACAGGAAGUGAAAGGACUUCUGGAGGAGUGUGCUCAGGAAGAAAGCAACUACCGUUAUAUUAACUGCAUGAAAAAGAAUCUAGAAAUACAGCUGCAGCGUGCUAAAGAAGAAAUGAAGGCAUACGUCUCCCCAGACCCACAGGAGCGACGAAAGGCAAUUCGAGAACAGUAUACACGAAUGAUCCUUGAACAAGAAAACCUUGGGAAGAAAUUACGAGAGAAGCAGAAAGUUGUACGGGAAAGUCACGGGCCAAAUAUGAAGCAAAUUAAAAUGUGGCAGGAUUUUGAGCAGUUAAUGGAAUGUAAGAGAGAAUGUUUUCUGAAACAACAAAAUCAAACGGCCAUUGGUCAAGUCAUUCAGGAAGGAGGUAAAGAUAGGCUUGUAUUAUGAAUUCUUCCUUCUUGAUACCAACAUAAAGGAGGACGACAGUGUGUUGGCUUCCUGAAGGUAACCUUUUACUAAAUAUUGUUGCUUUCAUCACUUCUACGUACAUUUGUUGUACAUUAUUUGGUUGUGGUGGAUAAACAAAGAGAGCAACUAAGCACUCUGCGAAGCUUUUCCUCCAUUGUUUAAGUGACAACAUAACGUGGUUAGGAAGAUCUGUUAUGAGAGCUGCACUAGGGUGAACCUCAUCGUAAAUCUUUGUUUUAUGAGGCUGGGAAUGGCAUGCAUCUGCAGAGAGAUCAAAGUAAAAGAAAUCCUUCUCCAGGGUCACAGAAAACUUACGUAAUUGCUCUGCUCCUUAUUCUCUAUCACUAAGGUUACGUUUUUGGAAGGCCUGGGACUUGAUAUUGUAUAAUUGUGGCCCUCCUGGCUUGGCCCUCUCCUUCCCUAUUGUCUGUAUUCAUCUAGUGUGACUGGCAAGAAUGGAGCCAUUUUCGCUCUGAGCUGCACGGACCUUGCCUGCACACUCCUAGUCAUACUUUCCUUGCACGGUUGAAUUAAACCGAUUGUGCUUCCAGGAGAC